CAAUCAAAAUCCUAUUCGUUUGCCAUCCAGAAUCCGGUGUUAUUUAGCUUCGUGGUUCCUGUUGUCUUUCGCCGUUUGUCCUGUUCCCUUAAUUUUAAAACGAUAAUAAUUUACUCCUUACCACCGGAAAAAUGUCGGCUGAUCUGGUUUGGCAAAUCAUUCGCAACAACCAUGCCUUCCUUAAAAGGCAGCGUGGGGUCUGUAAGACUUUCAGCAAGGAACCGGGCAAUUUGAAAGGAAUUAAUUCCCCUCGUUUGAACGGAAUAGCUAACAGGAAUGUCUUCGCUAUUCAGCCAGCUGCAGCAGGGACAAAGGGAUUAGUUUUCACUACCUCCCGUCCUAUUGGUUCCCGCAAAGUGAAGCAGAAUAACAGAAGGUCUAACUUGAAACGUGGCGCGCGACCAUCGUAUCGCACCAUCCGAAACAGUCUUCGCGGUGCUGGAGCCCCACGAAAGAUUCGAUCGCUGGCCCUUCGUCGAGCGAGCGCGAUCCUUUCCAGUCAGCGAGUGAAGCCUGCAGAAGCCAAGACCGAAAAGUCAAAGACUAAGAAAUAAAUGGCGACAGUUUUCCAGCUUUUUCUGUUGAUAGAUAUCUUAAUGCGGGUUUGGAAUGGUGAAUGAAACAUCGCGAACGCUAGUGAACAUAUUAAAAUAUCGGAUAAAUCAA